CCACCAUCGAUGCACGCGUGAAUUCAGUGAUGACUGCUUAUAUUUCAGAAUAACCGCGAAUAAUAGUUUUGUAGUUUUGUACCACGCCGCUGGAAAGAAUUAUUGGUUUGCCCUUGAAAAUUCUGGACUUAGCUAAAUUUUCUGGACUUGACAAUGUCUGUCAUUUAUAACGGCAUUAUUCGUGUGGCUGACCAGUUUGUACCUGCUAGAUUGCAACCUUUGUGGAAUCAUCCUGCUGGUCCUAAAACCAUAUUUUUUUGGUCACCUUUAUUUAAAUGGGGCCUAGUGAUUGCUGGCCUGGGUGACUUGAAACGACCAGCAGAAAAAGUGAGUGUUUCUCAGUCAGGAGCCCUUGCUGCAACUGGACUUAUUUGGUCUCGAUAUUCAUUGGUUAUUAUACCCAAAAACUGGAGUUUAUUUAGUGUCAAUGUGUUUGUGGCUAUUACUGGCCUGUAUUCAUUGGGAAGAGCUGUCAAUUACCAAUAUUUUGAGAAGCCUAAAUUAACUGCAUCUGAGAGUGGAGAAACUCAACCACAAGCUCAAAGUUAACGCUUAAAAUAUUCGUUUAGAAUUUGUAGCGGUGAAAUAUGUGAAUUUGUAUAGCAUAAAUUCUUUGUUAGAUUUCAGUUUUUCACUUGUUGAAAAGUGAACAUUAAUAUUGUGUGCUGUAAAAGAUGCAGCCUUAUUUGCCAUCUUUAUCAGAUAGUGCACAAAUAUCAUUUAGCAUUUGCUGUGGUCUAGCGCUCCUAUGUUUGAUAUUUUUUUUAAUAUUCAUGAUGGAAGUGGUGGUGAAUAUUUUAAGAACGCCAAUUUAUUACUGAACCUUAUAUCAGGUAGGAUGAGUGGAACUUGCUGGUUAAGUUCUACAAUUAUUCUCUUAAAAUGCUCAAAAUCUCAGUAGCCUUGCCAACAGUGUAAAUAGAAUUUCCUGCCUUGAAUUGUACACUAAACCUCUUGAGGUAAAAUUAUGAGGUUUCCAAAAAAUUCCAUAACUGCUAAUACUAUUUGACCAGAUGUAAAUUAUUUUAUUAAAGUAUCUGCAGCUGUCAUUUACAAAAUGAAUGGUUUAGUAUUUUUCACUAUCAUUCAUAUUUGCUACUCUUGUUAUUCAUGUAAAAAGAAAUAUCCAAUAGUGGGACCUGAUUAUUUUUAAACAUUCAAGCACAAACUGUGAUGUAACAAAGUUAUAUACUUAUGCUAUUUUCUUAUCUUUGAUGUUGUGUAGAUGUACAAAUGUACAAUUUAAUUACAUGUGGAAAUAAUAUUAAUGUUUCUGUAAUAGAAUGCACAGUGCGAUAUCAAAAAAUUCCAUUUAUAUAUUGCUAUUUCAUAACUGGUGCUAAUUUUGAUUCUGAUUAGAUCCUAGGUAGGUUAUAUCACAAGGAUUAUAACAUUGUUAUCGCACAUUUACAUAAAGAAUAGUAUAUUGUAAUGUUGAAGCAUCUGUUAAUCUGUUCUCAAAUGUUAAGAUUUGUAAAGUCUACUGAACUAUCAAUUAUAGCUUUUCUCUCUCUACUAAUGAAGUUCAUCCUCUUGUGGUUAAUGAAACUCAAUCUUAAAAGUUAGUUUUAAAAUAAAAUAAACUUUGUUGGAUUUAUGUAUUUGUGUCUUAUUCAGUGUGUUGGCAGACAUGAAAAUCUACAUUCAUUCCCCUCCUCACUUAUAGUUUCUUAAUGGUGAGUAUUUUUGCAGAAUUACUAACACACAUUUCCUAUAGGUAGUGAAACAUACCUUUUGUCAACAUUACAUAAGAUUCUGAAAUCAUAUCAUCAUCA